AUGGCCCGGGCCCUUAAACGGCUCCCAAAAUGGCAAAGAAGGGCAAAAAACACUAACAGCGCCCCGGCGUCCACACCGUCUGCCGCUCCCGCCAAAGCCAACAAGAAGGAUGCCAAGACGAAGCCCCCUUCCGAAGGCGACUUUAUUGUCUUUACCAACUCGGAUAAGGAUCCCAAAGGAAGACGAGGUGGUGGCGGCGGCCCCUCCAACACCACCACCGCCGCGCCUAGUAACAACGCCAACCCGUCCGAAACCCCCGAUGGGCCGCCUCGCCCAACUGCCCGCCAGCUCAUCGGCGGCGCUUCUUGGACCGGCAAACUGCCCGUCAACCUGCUCUCGGAGCACUGCCAAAAGCAAAAAUGGGAGCGCCCAGACUACAACACUAUCAAGACAAAGGAGGGCUUCUCCGUCUUCACUAGCCUCGCCGCCAAAAACCCCAAGACCGGUGAAGUCACCCGUCUGCCGCCCUUCAAGCUGCCGCCGAGCCACGUGCACCUGGCCUACAAGCCGACCGCACUCGAGGCGAAGCACUUUGCCGCCACUUACGCCCUGUAUCGUGUGUGCAACAUGAAGAACCUGCACAUCUCGCUGCCGCCGGACUACAAGGCGUUGUGGAAGGACUUUGAGGCGCUCAAGAAGCAGGACGUGAAGGAAGGGAAGGGCUGGAUGUACGAGGCCGAUCCGUUCCAGGCAGCGAGAGAGCGGGAGGAGGCUAAAGCCACCGCCGAAAAGAAGAAGGCGCAGGCGCAGGCGCAGAGGGAGAAGGCUGCCGAAGGGAACCAGCCGGGGGUGUCGCUCGCUUUCAGGGGCAGCGGAGGUGGCGGCGGUGGUGGGGGUGGAGGGGGAUCGCAUUCCCUUAUGAGGGGCUGGGCGACGGUGCCCAAGAUUGAGAUGGGGAAUAGGACGCGGUCGCAGCUCGAGGACUUGUUGCGGAGGGAGACGGUGUGGAACCCCCAUGGCGUGGUCAUGCCGCCGGCUCAGAAGGCGGCGAUUGUGAGGGAGUUCAAGGAGUUGGGGUUCCGUCAAAGCCACGCCGAAGAGGCGGUGGAGGAGUGCAAAGACCGCGAGGAGACCCUCGAGUGGCUGCUUGUCCACAUCCCGGAAGACGAUUUGCCGCGAUGGGCUCUACCCGAGAGGUAUACUGCCGGAGUAACGGUCGCAGCUACCGAUUUGCGGAGAGAAGGCGUUAUCAAGCGCCUCUCAGAAUCCGGGUAUUCAAUAGAUCUCUGUCGCCGGAUUUUGGACGCCAACGGCGGCGAUGAGGGCAGAGCUGCCGAGGCCUUGCAAAAAUUGCUUCUGUCAAGCGGUACAGGUCAAGGUGCGGCCCAAGAGGAGGAAAUCGACUCAUGGAGGACCCCCGACGAGAGCUGGGAUGAGGAAAUGGCAACCAUUGAGGCCAGUUUUGGGGACAAGUACACUCGCACUUCGCCCGAAGUAUGCCAGGUACGGCUCGAAUCGGUGGUUAACGGGCCCAAUACCGACGUCGAGACGUAUCUGCAGUUCCGGAAGACGCCUCAGUAUCCGACUCAUGUCGUCGUUUCGAUCGUAGCUCCGCUGCCCGCCUACAUCAAACUAAGCAUCAUCAAGAAAGCCCUUGCGUACGCAAGUGAAUCGCUGCAGGGCGAGGAGGCGAAAAUCUAUUAUCUCAUAAGUUGGGUGCAGGAGAGUAUCAACGAGAUUAUUGAACGGCCAGGAGCCCUGAGGGACGUUGCUGCUGUCUCAUCAGCCGCUUCCGAAGAACCGACGACGGCUGCCGUCAGGACAGCGCGGCGGAGACCUCGGUACCCGAAGCCAAUCAACUGGACGCCGAAUCCCCAUAGCAGACAAGAAUGGGUGGCAAGGACGGAGGCACCCGGAUACAAAAAGAUGCUCUCACAGCGCGAGCGUCUCCCGGCGUGGCAGGUCAGAGCCGACGUCAUCCGGACUGUCUCAGAGAAUCAGGUCACCAUUAUUUCCGGUGAGACCGGUUCCGGCAAGUCGACACAGUCGGUACAGUUCAUCUUGGACGACCUGUAUAGCAAAGGCCUUGGAAACGGAGCCAACAUUAUCGUCACACAGCCACGCCGUAUCUCUGCACUUGGUCUUGCCGACCGUGUCGCCGAGGAGCGGUGCACCCAGGUUGGACAGGAAGUCGGUUAUACUAUCCGCGGCGAGAGCAAAGUCACCCUGGACACCAAGAUCACCUUCGUGACGACUGGUGUACUACUGAGGCGUCUCCAGACUUCCGGUGGUCGGGUUGAGGAUGUAGUAUCCUCGUUGGCGGAUGUCAGUCAUGUUGUGGUUGACGAAGUCCACGAGCGCAGCUUGGAUACCGAUUUCCUCUUGAGCAUCGUCCGCGAUGUCCUUUACAAGCGGCGGGAUCUAAAGCUCAUUUUGAUGAGCGCCACCCUGGACGCUGCUUCCUUCAGGGACUACUUCACGGCGGAUCGACAGAAUGUCACCGUUGGCCUGGUAGAGAUCUCGGGCCGCACAUACCCAGUCCAGGACUACUACCUCGACGACGUCAUCCGGAUGACAGGUUUCAGCGUUGGGAAUAGGUAUGAUUAUUAUGAUGAUGGGGCUAGCACACCCUCCGGAGACCAGGCGGAUCCCAUCAACAAGAUUAUCCAGAAACUUGGCACCCGUAUUAAUUACGAUCUGCUUUUCGAGACGAAGCUUGGCGGUAUCCUAAUCUUCCUCCCUGGCGUGGCUGAGAUCAACCGCGCCUGCAACGCCCUACGGUCGGCACCGCCCCUUCACAAGAAAGUCUUCGCCCCCGCUCCGCAAGGCAGGAGGAAGGUGGUUGUUGCCACCAAUGUGGCAGAGACAUCCAUCACCAUCGACGACAUCGUCGCCGUCAUCGACAGCGGCAGAGUCAAGGAGACCUCCUUCGACCCAGCAAACAACAUGCGCAAAUUGGAGGAGACUUGGGCGUCCCUUGCUGCCUGCAAGCAACGCCGCGGUCGUGCCGGUCGUGUCCAGGCCGGCAAAUGCUACAAGCUGUACACACGCAACCUCGAAUACCAGAUGGCCGAGCGCCCGGAACCAGAAAUCCGACGCGUUCCGCUCGAACAACUCAGUCUCGCUGUCCGUGCCAUGGGCAUCCGCGAUAUCAGCCACUUCCUCUCCCGCGCCCCCACCCCACCCGAGGCGACGGCCGUGGAGGGAGCCAUCACCAUGCUCCGGCGGAUGGGCGCCCUGGAUGGGGACGAGCUAACAGCCCUCGGUCAACAGCUAGCUAUGAUCCCCGCAGAUCUGCGCUGCGGCAAGCUGAUGGUCUACGGAGCCAUCUUCGGUUGCCUUGACGACUGCAGCCCAUUCUUGUCACCGGCUGAAAAACGCAGCGAGGCGAAGGAGGCAAAGAUGCGCUUCGCUCGCGGGGACGGUGACUUGCUCACCGACCUGCGGGCAUACCAGGAAUGGGACAGUAUGAUGGCCGAUCGCGCCAUCCAGCACCGCAGGGUCCGGCAGUGGUGCGACGAGAACUUCCUGUCGUUCCCCACGCUGUCGGACAUCGCCUCGACCAGAUCGCAGUACUACACCUCGCUGUCCGAAAUGGGCAUUCGCCCUUCUACAUCUCAGCCUUCAGCAUCCACCCCGCUCCUCCGUGCCCUCACGGCAUCCGCCUUCGCCCCGCAGCUCUGCCGCAUCCAGUUCCCCGACAAGAAGUUCGCGACGUCAGUCUCCGGCGCGUACUUCUCGCAAGACCACGGCCGCGGGUUCUCAGGGAAUGCGACGUUCGUGUCGUAUUUCAACAUGAUGGCCACGAGCAAGGUUUUUGUACGGGAUUUGACGCCAUUCAACGCCUACACCCUCCUCCUCUUCACCGGCGCCAUCGCACUCGACACGCAGGGUCGCGGGCUGUUGGUGGACGGCUGGCUGCGGUUGCGCGGAUGGGCGCGCAUCGGCGUGCUGGUGUCGCGGCUGCGCGGGGUUAUCGAUCGGCUGAUCGAGCGGCGCAUUGAGAACCCGGCCAUGUUCAACUCGUCGGAAGGGCCCGGGGCCGAAAUCAUCCGGCUCGUUACGCGGUUGAUUGAGUUGGAUGGGAUGGAUGCGUGAUGGAUAUCACGUCUUUCUUGUUGUUGCCGAUGUUACAUGAGGUUGAAGGUUGGAGGUGGCUGGGUCGUUGGGUUGCUUGGGUGUUGAAUGAAUGCUGAGUAUAUAGGAUAGCCUGGUUGGUCUCGGGAUGAAUGCAAUCAACGCAAUUGACCGGCUCAACGAGGCUGUCGCGGCGAGUUGCAUUGUCUAGGUACAUACACGUGGGUGUAUGUGGAAACACGGUUGGCUAUUUGCUUUUGCAGGCCGUGGGAAUAGACGAACUUGAUCACGACAGCUGAGCCAACAGGGCGUUUGAUUCUGACUACGUGAACGCCACACACGUCCAUGAUUUCACUCUGAACAUCCAUUAUCUCUGCAAUUUAUGUCAACGACGUUGCCGUGGCUUCAUUUGUCUGUCUGCAGGGAGCUACUAGUAGUUUGUAUACCAGACACCCCAU